AGAAGGUUACACCAGCUAUCCGAAAACGGGUGAAGAAGUCCAAGAAGACUGUUCGCAAAUAUUCCAAAAAUGGCCGAACCAGAGUGUGGUAAGCUUAGUCGCAAAAUAGCUCAGGAUUGGAUUGUUGAAUUCCAACUGUUUAGUUCGAUACCAUCCUAGCUGCAAACCAUGUAUAUUAUGCAGAAUCCCAAUCAUGAUAAGAAAACAUGUCCAGUUAUGGGGAGCCCAGGAGUGGAAUUGCUUCAGUGCUUCGCAAGUCACAAGUGUACCCGAUUGGGUUUGGGCGUGCAGUCCGAGACCACCAUAUGAAAUGGAUGAAAUCACCGGGCAGCGUGGAGACGAUUCGUCGGGCUCUCUAUCGGCCUGAAGGUGGUUUGAACAUCGACCCAAGCUGGAAGCCCAUGAAGGCCCCAUAUCGGUGGCGUCAUGCUCGUCUCUCAGAGCUGACGGACUUUCUCAAUAGUGAGAAGAAAGCGGGACGUUAUCACCCAUUGAUUCAAGAAGGCCUUGAUUGAAACAAAUCAAAUCAUGGCCCUGGCUUUUACUGCCAAUUAAAGAUAUCCACCCUGGGCUGAUA